GGAGUAAUUAAGUCAUAUGUGCUUGCGUAUUUCGAGAGCUGCUUAAUCGACUGAAACAUAAUAACGUUAUGCCCAGCACGCCAGCAUCAGCUGUUUAAAAUCGCUGGAAGACUCUCAAGGAUCUUGCCGUGAAUUGUAAUUCAUUAGUGGUUGGCCGAACGCAUUCCCAGCGCUGUUCUGUUGUAGGAAGGUUUACUCAAAGCCCGUUGGUUGCGGGCGAAAGUGUGCUCCCCGACAGAAAUAGAUUGACCACAUAAUUACUGUACGAGCGGUGAUUGCCAUUUUAUGAUACGCAGGCACGAAACACCUGCAACAUUUGAAAUUAUCAUGGGUAUUUUUUUCUUCACUUUUUAUGCACGCACAAUUUUUUAAUAGCUACUCAGACACUUUUUCACAUCUGAGAUUAAUUUUUCAGAAAACUAUGACCUGCAAAAUGCUUUACUACCGCUGAUACAAAGAACUUGUGAGAACGAACAAGAUAUUCGAUUUACCCUUCUCAGCUUCGCACCGAAGAAUUUCGCUAAGCCAGCGAGGUUCAGCGCCUUCCGACGCUAAGGUUGUGUUAAACAGAUUUAACCGACGAAAGCGUUGGCUUUUAAAUUUGCUGCCCUGACCCACUGGAGAAAAUCACUAGGAGUGAGGCUUUUCAAGUGGCAAAAAUGGAGUCUCUGUACACUUUACUAUUUCUCAUUGGGACCGUAUGGUUUCCGCAGGCUGAACCACUGCUGCUCGGGUCUAUGACAAUACGGCGGGGUGAGGGAGGGACUUCCUUCCGAAUUGAAUACUCAGCGAUGAAAAAACCCAAUGUGUUGUGGUCAUUGCCGACUGGAAUGCUGCUCACAGAUAGCCGACUCCCCGGUCAAGAGAGAGAAUUCAGCUCCCUUGCAGCGGAUGAGGCGAACUUGACCCACAGUUUCACUAACAAGACCGGACAGGGAGACGUCACACUGCAAUUUUACAACGUGGACGAAUCCCGUAUAGCGGUCAACCACGUGGUCUACAUUUACGAGCUUGGGCGUGGUCUUCACACACACAGGAAGGAAAUAUAUGGAAUCUCCGGAAUGAGGAACUACAAGAUAAGUUUCAAUCUCACCAACGUCAAUCUCAACAACCUCACCGACGCCAUCUUGGUUUUCCCACAAUUCGUCCCUCCUCCAAAGAGUUUCGACCUCAGCGCCCUGGGCGGCAAUAUCAACAUAUCAUGUGGUGUCGAAAUCACACAGAGUGUCGGCAGCGUCCAGGGUGUCUAUUUCAAACGCUACAAAGUCCGCUCUGGCUGGACGAAUUUGAACGAGUUAACCGCCAUGGUCUAUAGAGAGACCCUGUCCAAUGGAAGGUUUGUCAUGUUGGAGUUGAAAAACAUCGAGGACAGGGACACCGGUUAUUACAGUUGUGGGGCAGAUACCAUACAGGCAGUUCAGAAUACCGAGGGAACGAUGGAAUUUAACGUCCUAGUGAAGGCGGAGACUUUGACAAAAAUCCGAUACGUAGGUCCCAAGUUUCUUCCUCCUCGGGGUUAGAUGUCGGAACGAACUUUUGAGGAAUUCAGGGACUUGCUGAGAAUGUUUUGUAUAAAUAUCUUGAGUGAAAGAUACAUGUUGCAAGGGCAAGUAUUUGCAACGACAGUUUCUAGGAAAUACGCACAGUAACUGCAGUUAAAUUUGAAUUUCAAUUUAAACAUUGAUAAAGGCACUGAGAUAGACCAAGCCCUGAACAAGGCUGGUAAACCAGAAACUGCAGAACUGUAGAGCAAUGUAAGUGCUCGGAAUCUCUGUCCAUAUCUUGGUUCAUAUAAGAGACAAGGAAGCAACAAAUGCGGCAGCACUGCAGCAUGUGAGUGACGGCGAGUUUUCCAUACUAACUCAAUUAAUAUCAUGCUCCUCAAAUACUGAAAAUAUCUGUAGCGAGAGCUACAGCGCAAACAGAAACAUUUUCUUUGCAAAGCCAGGAUGAGGUUGAGACUUAAUUGUUGGUAACAGUUAGAGGCGGACACCUUUAAGGCAUUUCUUAGCAACUGUCUCUCCAUACUCUUACAUGUACAAGAAAUUUUUAUAUCAAAUGUAUGUGGUUGUAUACUUGAUAAAAACUUAAACACUCAAGAUUUUAUACAUUAGCGCUUUGUCUUGACAAGAAAUUAACCUCAACUUAGGUAAACACCUCCUUAGACGGGCUACUUCAUAAGGAAUGUAAGGCUGUAUUCCCAGAGCUUUUAGAUCGAUCUAUCCCCGCGGGGAGUCUCACUAGAUUACUGUCAGAUAAUCC